AAUUUUUAAUUGACUUUCUGUUGUUAUGAAUUGGUGCUAUGUUUAGCACUACAAUGAGUAGCUUGGUGGAAAGGCUUCGUGCUAGAUCAGAGCGGAGGCCAAUUUAUAAUUUGGAUGAUUCAGAUGAGGAGGCUGAUUUUGAGCAUGGAAAACCUGGGAAAACUAAAGAGAAGUUAGAACAAAUAGACAGGACUGAUGCGAAAGAAAAUUCAUGUCAAGCCUGUGGAGAAAGUGAGGAUCUAUUGAAUUGUUCAACAAGUACAUAUUCCUACCAUGCCAAAUGUUUAACUCCACUCCUAAAAGGUCCUCAUCCUGACAACUGGAGGUGUCCUGAAUGUGUUAGCCCUCUUAAUGAUAUUGAAAAGAUACUGGAUUGUGAAAUGCGUUCCUCCAUGGCUGAAGAUAAUGUUGCUUCGAAGCUGGGUUCAAAACAAAUUUUUGUGAAACAGUAUCUUGCGAAAUGGAAGGGGUUAUCUUAUGUGCACUGCACUUGGAAAUUUCUCAGUUUUUUGAGACAGAAUAUUGUUUUAUGAAUCUUUUUAUUCCUUUGUAAGUGCAAUAAUCUUAAGAAUUGCUUUGAUUUAUCGUCUGUGCUGUGUGACAAACAUUUGCUGCAUGUUCUGCUUGCAGAACUUGAUUUUACAUGGUCAUCGGGGCAUUCUGUUUAUUUGUCUAUCUGAUAGCUAUCAUUCACUUGCUUCCUAUUUUUGAGCCCCUGUUCUCUGUUAGGGUACCUGAGAAAGAGUUCCAUAAAGCCUUUAAAUCAAA